CUCCCCACAGGUAUCGUUCUCCACCGGAUGCGCUCUGCUCCAUCCUCUCCCUCCAUUCCCCGCCAUUUCCCGUUUGCUUUUUCUUCUUCUUCUCUAUUUUGUCCUUCCUCCAUUUUUAAUUCCUUCCGAAAAAUCCGAGUUCGUUACAGAUCGUUGGAUACAGUCUCCCCUACGUCGCCUUUUCGCCGGAGCUCGGUGGCAAGUGGAUGCUUCUGGUUCAGAGAAUGCAUAAUCCUCCGUGCUCUUUCUAUGGCCUCCAGCUGAAACUCCGGUUCCUCGCCGAACAUUGAAAUUCGUUUACGCUCUUCUGUUUCCCGUUUACUCGAUCGACUGAGAUUUCUAGGGUUUUCGGAAUGAACCGAUCUUGGCAAUUUUGACGAGCAUUGAGCUGGUGUCUCUGAUUCCGGACUUGAAUCGCCGAUUCUCAGUGGAGUGAGUGAGUGAGAUCGCUGUCUGAUUUUGCUUUGAUAGGUUCUCGAAGAAAUGUCGGAGGGGACGAGCCUGAUUGAGUCGUCGGAGAACGGAACCGACGUGUCUCAAGAAGAUACGGGCGCAAUGAGGGAGGAGACGCACGACGACGAUAUGAUACUGUCCUGCCAGACAUCGGUGAAUCUCGUGCCGUUCGUCGGCCAGCGAUUCGUCUCUCAGGACGCCGCUUACGAGUUCUACUGCAGCUUCGCCAAGCAGUCCGGGUUCUCGAUUCGCCGCCACCGCACCCGCGGCAAAGACGGCGUCGGCAGGGGAGUCACCCGGCGAGAUUUCACCUGCCACCGCGGUGGUUAUCCUCAGACGAAGCACUUGGAGGAGAGCGGCGGCGGCAGCGGAGGCGGAGGGAAGAUGCAGCGCAACCGUAAGUCGCUGCGCUGCGGGUGCCAAGCCUAUAUGCGCGUUGUCAAACGGGCAGAUUUCGACGUCCCUGAAUGGCGAGUUACAGGUUUCAGCAAUAUCCACAAUCACGAACUCUUGAAAUCUAACGAGCUCUCUCUUCUUCCAGCUUACUGCGCCAUAUCUCCCGAUGACAAGAGCAGGAUUUGUAUGUUUGCCAAAGCUGGGAUGUCGGUUCGUCAGAUGUUAAGGUUGUUGGAGCUGGAGAAAGGUGUGAAGCUUGGUUGUUUGCCGUUUACUGAAGUUGAUGUGAGGAACCUUUUGCAGUCGUUCAGAAAUGUGAACCGUGACAAUGAUGUUGUUGAUCUUCUUGGCAUGUGUAAGAGAAUGAAGGAUGAAGAUCAUAGCUUCAAAUAUGAGUUCAAGAUAGAUGGUAACAAUAGGUUAGAGCAUAUAGCUUGGUCUUAUCCUUCGUCGAUCCAGUCGUACGAGGCGUUUGGAGAUGCAGUAGUUUUCGAUACUACUCACCGGGUGGAGGCUUAUGACAUGCUGCUUGGCAUUUGGCUUGGUAUAGACAAUCAUGGCAUGAUCAGUUUCUUCAGUUGUGUGCUUUUGCGUGAUGAGAAUGUGCAGUCCUUCUCUUGGGCAUUAAAGGCCUUUAGAAGCUUUACGAAUGGAAAGGCUCCACAGACGAUUUUGACAGACCAGAAUGUGUGGUUGAAGGAAACUAUUGCAAUCGAGAUGCCAGAGACCAGACAUGCCUUCUGCAUCUGGCACAUCGUGGCAAAGUUCUCAGAUUGGUUUUCUGUGUUAUUAGGACCAUGUUAUGAUGAAUGGAAAGCUGAGUUUAUUAGGCUCUUCAACCUUGAAUUUGUGGAAGAUUUUGAGGAAGGAUGGAGGGAAAUGGUCAGUAAGUAUAGGCUUCACACAAAUAAGCACAUUUCCAGCCUGCAUGCUCUGCGUAUGUUUUGGGCUUUGCCCUUCUUGAGACAUCACUUCUUUGCUGGAUUGACAAGUACCUGCCAGUCAGAGUCGAUCAAUGCCUUCAUUCAACGGUUUCUCAGUGCACAGGCUCAACUCGAUCGCUUCGUAGAGAGGGCAUUUGAUGUUGUCGCUUCUAUUGAUAAGCCGGACAUGCAUCGAAAGGUGCAGAAGGUUUUCCUCAAAACGGGUUCGCCAAUAGAAUCACAUGCAGCUGCUGUUCUUACUCCAUAUGCUUUCCAAAAACUCCAAGAUGAGCUUGUAUUAGCUCCACAGUACGCAUCUUUCCCACUUGACGAGUACUGUUUCCAAGUAAGGCAUCACACUGAAUUGAACGGUGGCUUCAAAGUGAUCUUCGAUCCUUGUCAAGAGCACAUCAGCUGCAGCUGUAAUCAGUUUGAUUUCUCCGGGUUUCUCUGUAGGCAUGUCCUACGUGUCCUGUCAUCAAGUAACUGUUUUCACAUACCAGAUCAAUACCUGCCAAUUCGAUGGCGUGUUAAUGCUAUGUCUUCAACAGUGCACUCCGAAAGGAUUCAUUAUCUACAGUCGAUGACCUCAGAACUUGUGGCCGAGUCAAGCGAGACAGAAGAGCGACUCGAAGUUGCUUGCGAACAGAUUUCGUCAGUAUUAUCACGUAUCAAGGAGCUUCCUCGCGGUGGGCAUGAAGAAGAGAAUGUUUAUAGUUGUCCUUCUGAUUCACUGAUUAUACCUGAAGUAGAAGAUGCAGAUGGAAUCGUUCACACGUUUACGAUUGGGACCCACCAUCAUGAUUCUAUUGCUCUGGGAAAGCUGAAGGAGAGAAGAGCUAGAGAUGGGUUUGAACUAUCCAGAAAGCGAAGGCAUUGCUUGGAGCCUUGUUGUGGGCAGUUUGGACACGAUGCAUCAGAAUGUCCAGUAAUGGGUGGUGAUCAUCUGAAUGGCAGAGAACUCGGUUACUUAUAGUGGAGGAUUCUUGAAUUACUACUCUUGAUUGUUCUUGUUGAUUCUCACCUCCUAACUUUAAAUUUUCAGGGGCACUCCCACCUUACCGAGUGAGUUUCUUUUUGAUCCGAAUAGUAGAGGUUUCUUCUUGCUGAUUUGUCUUAAAGACUGAUAGUGAAAUUCUCUAAUGUUUGGCCCCUUUCCCUCCAUAGCAAAGUUCUUAAGGUGUAACUGAAAUUUUGAUGCUGAAAUGUAUAUGGCCAUUGAAGUAUCUUAGCAUCCUCAUCUGAAGUACACAUCCUUGAGAUCUUGAUGCUUUUAUCUUUGUACUUCAUAUCAUGACCUCUUGUUUUGCGGCAACAGAAAUGUUUACAAAGCUACAUUGCUACAGUAUACCUUAUCGGUCUGCUGAAUCGUCUGCCAAGGAUACCUUGCUUAGCCUACCUGGCAACGUCCUGGCAAUAUUGUUGGCAAAUUUUCUCCCCUUCACCCUGUGAUUAUAUGAUCGAAAGAGCGCUCUCUGGGCAAGUGCUCUCUCAAAACCAGAGUUUCCUGUGCCUUUUGUGUUAGGUUUUUUGUCUGUUGCAAGACUUGCUUCUUUGUUGCUGGUGCAGGCCUCCUCCUGAUCUCCAGCAUAGCCUGUGUCGGAAGAAGACAUUUUCUGUCAACCACAGAGAAGGUGGACUGAAGGUUAUCGGGAUUUGCUGAUAAAAAGGUUUCUUCUGAUAAAGCCCCCUGCGGCCUGCCUUCCCUGAGAGAAAGGAAUCUGUGGACUUUAAGCAACCUUUGCUCCAAGCAAUUCUGCAGUUCCCCCUCUUCCCUUGCCUUUUUUCCAUGGAUGGGUUUUGCAUCUGUGGCCAAGUCCCCCUUCUUCCUCCUCUUCUUAUGGAGCUUUGAGCUUUGAGUUGAAAACUGUUGCCAGCCAUGGCUGAAGGAAGAAGAGCAGUCACCCAUGAAGAUCUCGCGCCGUCCCCAGGAAGCACGGAUUUGGGCAGCAGAACUGCCAUAUCCCUCGUGCUCCUCACGGUCCUCUGUGGACUCCUCUGCUUCGCUCUCUGUCUCAUUGCUGAAGCCUCCCGUUCUCAGGAUACAUGGGAUGAUCACCUGUGCGUGUAUAGUGGUAGUGGAGAGACGCCGUUGAUGUGUGGUGCUAUUGCGUUCAUCGGACUCGCGGUAGCCAUGGUAGUGGAGCACACUUACCUGUUGUUCGCAGCGAGCAAAGCCCCGCCGCCGGCUCUGCUCGCUUGGGACCCUACCUAUGGCCCUUCCAAGGAUGUUACAUGGCAGGCUGGUGCCUUUUUCAUCAGCACUUGGGUAUGCUUCGCGGUGGCGGAAAUCCUGUUGCUGAUCGGACUGAGCGUGGAAUCGGGUCACCUGAAGAACUGGGCUACCCCAAAACAGAGCUGCCUGGUGAUCAGGGAAGGAGUGUUUGCCGCGGCCGGAGUGUUCUCCCUCUUCACCGUGUUCCUCGCCGGCGGGCUGUACCUAACUGCAUUUCGCGCGCAAAGAAUAUCCCAAGAGCACGAAGCCGCGCGGCGGCAGAUAAUAGACGUCUCGGUGCUCUACGCUUCCCCGCCGCGCUCGCCACCACGAGCGAGGGAGCAUAUCCAGGCGGCCGAGAGGGAAGACCCUGUUCGCAGGCAAGACCAGGCUGACCAUCUCUCCGUCGCAUUGCCGUCGGCUUUGAUCAAGCAAUUGAGUUUCGUAUAGUAAAUGAAAUAAGAGAAGGAAAACAGUUUUCUUCUGUAACAAGAAUGUUCAGCCAUGUCACUUGUCAGGCAGAAUAGGGCUACCUUACAUAGAAAUGCACAUACCGAUACUAUGUACUGUACAUAUCAUUUUGUUUUUCGGAAGGAAGGCUGCUUUUGCUUCUCGAGUUUGUCUGGUUGUGCCAUAUAACCAAUACAAUGGGGUAAAUGUCACAUUUGGUCAUUUGGAUUAUUAAAUCAUUUGGAUUAUUAAAUCGUGUUAUGUUUAGUCACUAGAAAAAAU